AUGUCUCUUGCCGAGCACCAAUUCUUGGGGCGGUCAAGUAGUCUAGAUAAUGCGAAUUUUUCUCGAAGCAGCUCGUCUCUUGGCUUUAUAAACGCUCUAGUACGUCGAGAUGCGGGGCAGGGGAGCUGUCCACACUGGCAGUCGAAGGCACUGGGGCUGGGCGGGGAAAACGGUUUCACACCUGCUUCCUGUGUUCCUCGAACGUGUCGGCGAAAGAUUAGUUUCCCUAUUUUGGGGCGUUUCUGCCGGCGCAGUUCCCUGUUGCUUGCCGCUGGUCCCGUCACAGCGGUGAACGACGCGGCGCACCCCGACUUGGACGCUAGCGGUGAAGCGGGACCCGCGGCCAGCUCUCAGCCACUCGUGCGAGCGGAGUUAACGCUGCAGCCUGUUGCGCCAUCAAGGGAAAGUAUAACCGUCGCGAGGAAGCUGGAAUCGAGUCGGCUCGUCAGCGAGGCUCUGGCAGCGGAACGAUCUGGUCACUGGCAGGUCGCUGUAGCACGCUAUGAACAAGCGCUUGUUCUGUGCCCGUCAGAAGGGAAGGUUUGGAUGCUUCUCGCACGUGGCUGGGAGCGUCAGCGUCACUUUGAUCAGGCUCGAAAUACGCUUCGCAGAGGUAUUCAGUCCAAUCCUGGUAACCCUUUUCUGAUCCAGGCCCUAGCAGACCUCGAAAAGUUGUUACGGAACUGGGAACGCGCUCGAAAGCUUUUCGCACAGACCCUGGAGGUUGAACCGAAAUUUCUCUCUGCAUACAACUCCUGGGCGAUGAUGGAGGAUGAACUGGGCAACGUCCAACGGGCAUACGAAUUGCUCGUUCGGGGACUUCGCCUCGACCCGAGCUCCACUCGCCUCCUGAGAUCGCUCGCUGUCCUUGAAGACAAAUAUGGACGGAGCAAGUUCGCGCGCAACCUCUUAGACAAAGCCCUGGAAAAUGAGCACGAGAAUGUACAUCUGCUACACGCAGUAGGUGUUCUCGAGUUUAAGCAGGGAAAUCCGGCCAAGGCAAGGGCUUCGUUCCUCAAGGCAAUCUCGGCAGAUCCCUCGUUUAUGCAGGCGUAUCUCUCGCUCGCACAAAUGGAGGAAUACCUCGGUAAUAUUAGUGCGGCGAGACAAGCCUACAUCAAGGGCCUCGCUGAGGCACGAGCUCGACCGCAGCCCAGUAACAUCCAGCUUGACGGCGUCGGUGGCCCCGUUGCGCUGUGGCAGGCCUAUGCACGCCUCGAAGAAAAGUGCAAGAACUUACGCAGCGCGAGACGCGUUUACGCAGAGGCAGUGGCACGCUUCCCGAGCGAUGUUCGUCUUCAUUGCGAAUAUGCAAAACUCGAACUUCGUCUGGGAAAUCUGAAGACUGCACGGAAUCUGCUGUCCCGGGCUAUCGAGGUGGACGAUGGAUACCCCUACGCCUACCAGUAUCUGGGUUUGGUAGAGCAGGCCGACAUGCGCAUAGACGCUGCUCGCAACAUCUACUCGAGGGGGAUCGAACGCUGCAGUGCAGCCAACAGUGAGAGUCGAUACCCAAUAGACACUGCUUCUCUGUAUCACAGCUGGGCCUUGAUGGAAUGGAAAUGCGGUGACGUUACAAGUGCGCGCAAUCUUUUUGAGCGUGGCCUCAAAGUUGACCGCUCAGCUGGGUGGCUUUGGGCUUCAUACGCGCGGUUUGAGGCCGAUCUCGGUAACGACGACCUCGCUCAACACUACUACGCGCGAGCGGUGAACGCUUCUCCCAAGGAUCCAGCCAUCUGGAAUUCAUGGGCUGCAUUCGAACGACGUCGCUGUAAUCAGGAACGUGCCGACACCUACGCGAAACGUGCCCUCGAGCUACGACGCUUUGAUCAGACGCGCGGUAUGGAUCCCAUUCGACCGCUUGCUCGCCGUCGUUUCAAGGCUUAA